GCGCAUUAGGACGUUAUUGACGAGGAGCGGAAAGCAAGACAAGACAACAUUUCAAAAUAGCUGUGCGUCUGAAGAAAAAACCCACCGAAUGCAGUAUUUCAAGAAAGCAACUUCGCAUCUCUAAAGUAAAACUAAAGACGGUGUAGAUUGAAUGGAUGGGUUGAUACCUUAAUCAACGUAAGGGGAGACUGGCCCGGCUCGAUCAACGCAAUGUUUGUCAACUCCAGCAAAAUGUCCUGGGAAGGGUUUUCAAAACCAGACAAAGUAGUUCUUGGGGAUACAAUUCAAAUUCCCAUCGGGAUCGUCAUCACCAGCGCCAACCUGCUCUCCUUCGUGGCCCUCUACCGGUGUUCCCGGCUCAGCUUCCAGAUCCGGAUUUUGGCCAUCAACCUGUGCUUGUCCGACAUCUUAAUAGGAGUCAGCAUGGUUCUCCCAGCUCGGAUUUAUUACAUCAACAACUGUCUCUACAAGAAGUACAUCGCUUCGGCCUUUCUCGUUGUCUCCUCUCUCACAAUUACAAUGAUAAACCUGGACAGGUGUCUAGCCAUUCACUAUGGAAUCCGAUACUACACCUACAUGAGCAAGAAGGUUCUGACAUCCAUUUGUGUGGCCUUCUGGGUCCUCAGCAUGGUUUUGAGCUACCUAAUGUAUUUCAACCCGAACAGCGAAUUUGGUAUUUCCUGUCAACCUAUAUUUUAUGUUCCAAAGAACAGCGUAAUUAUUGCUGUCAGCGUAUUUCUGGUGCUGAUUAUCGCAUCCAAUGUGGUCAUGUUCACUUACCUGGUACGGGCCGUGCGCAAGAGCUUACACGUGUAUCAUUACAGGUACGGCCACGUGACUGACAAGUACAGGGACCAGCAGACCAUUGUAAUACAGAAGCUUGUGGUCAUCACCGGCUGUUUCAUAGCGUGUUCGCUGCCGUACAUAAUAACAACGUUCCCGAUUCUGGGUUCCGACAUUCCCUCCCGCAAACGGGCGCACAUAGUAACCGGCAUCAUCUUCACGAUGAACAGUGCAAUCAACCCCUUUCUGUACGUGUGGAGACUGCAAGAGACGCGGUACCAGAUGAAACGUCUGCUGUGCUUUUGGAAUCGGAGUUACACGGAGAAACUGGAACAGAGAAACAAGGCAGACACGGCCACUUACUGUAUCAACGUCAUCGAUUCGUCAUAGCAUACAACGUACUGCAAUUUAAUAUUAUUUAUUAUAAUGUUUAUUAUUAUAUUGAAAUUGCUAACUGAAUUCAUAAAUAAACCAUUAAUUUUGAAAAGCAAAUCUUGUGAUAUGCUCCAACGCUUUUUUUCCGCCAAAGAUAUCCAGUCUUUGUUAUUUUUAAAAUUUUGAUUGCUAUUUCUAUGCCAAGUUAUAGAUAAAUAUGAUGUUUAAUUUUCCUUACAUCUUAAUACAAUGGACAAUUUUUUAAAUAAACUUUCAAUAUUUGAUAUGAUAAAAAAAACGUAGAAAACUGCUGUAAACGUUUUUGUGACCUAGAUUUUGAAUUAAAUAGUUUUCUAAAUCGCACAAAAACCAACUAUU